AUGACCAUCAAAAUGGAAUACCCUACCCCACAAACAACUGAAAUCCAAAAUUCACGAUUAAGGCUGCUCAACAAGCUCAAAUCCAAUGAGUUCCCUGUCUUGACAUUUAUGGCUAUUCCUUCCGUCCGGAUGGCCCAGAUUGUGUCGCUGACUGGUCUCGAUGGAAUCAUCGUGGAUGCGGAGCAUGGCCAUAUUGGUGAUGAUGCGAUGCACAACUCGGUCGCUGCAAUCUCAUCACUUGGUGUCUCCCCGGUGAUCCGAAUCCGUGGACCUGCCCAUGACAUUAUCAAGCGUGCCCUCGACACUGGGGCUCACGGAAUCAUGGUGCCACAGAUCAACAACGCAGAGGAGGCACGACAGGUUGUCGCUUCCUCCAAGUUUCCUCCUCAGGGUGUCCGUGGCCAAGGCUCUGCCUUCCCAGCAAUCGGGCACGGUUUGACAACUCCCGAAUACAUGAAAAGUGCCAAUGAGACGAUCAUCACCAUGCUUCAGAUCGAGACCAAGGCUGGAGUGGAUAAUGUUGAGGAAAUCGCCGCCAUCCCUGGAGUUGAUCUGCUCUUCAUUGGACCUAAUGACCUCGCUCAAUCCCUCCUCGGCUACACUCCUGCUCGUGGAGAUGAACCUGAAUUUAUUGCCGCGGUCGAUAAGAUCAUUGCGGCGGCCAAGAAACAUGGCAAGUGGUGUGGACGCAUGACAAAUAACGGUGCCGCGAGCAAAGAAGGAAAAGCCAAGCAGUAUGACAUGGUAGCAAUGACUGGAGAUACAAAGGCUAUCCAGAACUGGUAUAUCGCAGAGUUGGAAGUGGCACGAUCAUGA